UGGCUCGGUGCCGCGGCGGGGUCACGCCUGCCCGGAGCUCGGCGCUGGGCUUUCCCAGCCGCCCGCCCGCCGCGCCGCAGCCCCAUGUCCGCGCUCCCCGCCGCUGCCGACAUCAAGAGGGCUCUGGAGAACAGCCCCGAGACCAACAUCGAAGAUGAGUUGCCCGACGGGCCGCCGCAGCCGCGGCCCAAGAACUACCUGCUCCUCAGCAUCCUCUCUUGCUUCUGUCCCGCCUAUCCCGUCAAUAUCGUAGCCUUCGUCUUUGCUGUCAUGGCUUUAAACAGUUAUAAUCAAGGAGAUAUUGAAGGGUCGAAAAGACUGGGUCGCAAUGCGCUCUGGGUGGCUGUGGCAUCGAUUAUCAUUGGCCUUGUCAUCAUUGGAAUCUAUUGUGUAGUUCAUUUCACAACGCAUGCAAUCUGAAGACCAGGACUGCACUUGGAGGAUAUCAUCAUGUAUAUCUUGGGAGGGACAAAAGAAGACGAGAAGGAGAUCCUUCAUUCCAGACUGUUAGAUUUGACCCUACAAGUCUGCAGAGGCAUGUUGCUGGUGGAUGAACUGAUAAUCCAGUUAGUUAAUCAGCAUGGCGUGACCAGGUUUUCCAAAUCAUUUAUUUAUAAGGAAUCUCAGUAUAAAGCAUAAUUUUCUCUUUUACCUGAAUGUAUAAUGAGAUCUUGCCCUAACAGCUCCUUUUUCUUUCUAAUAUACAUGGAAUGUGUGCUGGAUCCAUGAUGUUCCCUGGCUGACCCUAGCCAGACAAAGCCUACAUAUUCGGACUGUUUUAUAGUGCACUAUGUAAGAUCUGCUGCACAGCCUGCUGAAGCUAGUAAGAACUCCUGUUGCCUCCAGUGGGUUUUGGAUCAGGCCAUUAAGGAUAUUUUUAUUCCUUUAAAAUAGUCUUGACAUAACAAUCAUAACCAUGGGUUUGUGAUUUUAUCCUGCUAUGUGGUUUUCUAAUGCUGUGGGCGUACUCUGACUCAGUGGCUGCUUUCCUGUCAUCCUCAGCUUUUAGGUCUUUACCUUGGAUUUUUAACUGCCUGGGACCGAUUCCAAACACUUGAUUAUUAAGUGACACUCUUCUUCCAUAGCAUCCAUGUUUUCCUUAAUUAUUUGUUUUGUUGUCUUUAAUUGUUGAACUCCAUGAUUUAGCUCCAAUUCUGCUUUAAAGUUGCAAUGAUCAUAUUUUCCUCUUUAAACUUCACAUAUGAAAAAAUUUCCUAUUUUUUUUAUCUUGACAAAAGAUUUUUAAAUAGAUGUUCUUCUUCAUCCCUUUGUUAUUGUUCCUCCAGCAAGUCACAUAGUUUCAUCAUGUUCUGCUUUGUUCAUGUCUCUUUUUGUUCAGUUCAUCCUCUCAUCUUGCUAUAAAUAGUCUAUAUAUCAAUGCAGUUGGAGAUGGACAGACUUUUGAACCCUCAUACAGUUACAUAGACUCUUGCUGGUCCUAAGAUAUUACUCAGUGAACAGCCUGAGGUUACAGAAUUGAUGGCCUCUACUGCAGUUUCUUGGUACCUUAUGAAAAUUUUAGCAUGGCACAGCUGUGUCUUAUUAGCUGAUAACUGUUGGAUAGAAUAUAUGUGUUUUGUCACACAAGUAUUCCAUGUUAAAAGGAGUAAGCUCUGGUGACAGAUGGCUGCAUCUUCAGUGGUUGUUGCUCCAUUUGCUUUAAUUGUUACUCCAUCUUCAAGCAAGCUAUGCCAACUUACACUUACUCUCCUUGCACUAACAUAAAUCUGGACCCACUAUGCAGAAAUUACUUGCAGGUGCAAGUAAGAAAAGAAUCAUGCUUGGCAGCAGUACAACUACCUAUUAAAAAACCAAACAAGACAACAAACAAUUGUCUCCCAGAAGCUUUUGCCUGUUAAAGCAUAUGCCUGGAAGCAUGUAUUUUCUGUGCCUUGAGACUAUACUUUUAAUGUGCUUUUUUGCCUUUUUUUCUGCCAAAUUCUGUUUUUCAUUUAAGUCAGUGAUGCAUCACCUAUCCUUCAUUGAUCCUUACUCCAGUAGAAAACUUAAUGAACACUGGUGAAGUCAGUUUCUUCAGCAUUUACACUGAAUGAAUUUAUCCAUGUGGGAAUCUUGCCACUGAUUUUGAUGAUCCCAAGAAUUGGCUGUUCUGUGAACUCCUCUUUGGUUUUUGGAUACUAUUUCAAUGGUCUGAUACGUCUUGUGGGACUUUCAGUAGCUUGCCUUAUUAUCAGAUAUGAUAGAACUGUCAUUGAGAAGUGGAAUAAAAUUACUUUUAAUUCAUGUC